GGAUGUAUUUACAGAAGGCAGAAAGGAGCAAGAGUUUUCUUUUGCCAGAGUCUGAAACAGUUGCCUUCAUUGUCUGCCUCCUACUGUUCCACCUCCCCUCACAUCUAUACCCCUCCCAGACUCCCACCCUCCCCUUUGGGAGGUUUUCCAUCUAAGUGUGAAAACUAGAAAUCCCGAAGAACUGCAAUCCAAACUCUACCUAGAGAAACUUUAAACCAUUCAUGCCAUAAAUAUCUCUUAGAGGCUGCCUGACGUCAGAGGCUUCGGAGAGGGAGGCUGGUCUGAAAGUGAAAACAGCAGCAGUUCCAAGCCGAGUACAGUACUGUGCAGAGAGCUAAAGGAGAAGGACAAGCACUGCUCUGUGUGGAUUAUAGGACUGCAGAAAGGGGGGAACUGCGCAGAGACAUGGGGGCUACAAUCAGAACACCACCACUGUCAUAAAAGCUGCACUAAAUCAUCUGAAGGUGGGUCUUUCUUACACUGAUGCCAUGCAGUCCUGAACUUAAUGUACAGACCCCAAACAAAGAGAGUGAGGAGAGGAAAACAGGAUCUGUAGGGAUCACCCAGAUCAUGAUCAGUAGAUAGCAUCUCACACCAUGACCAUGGCUCCCCGGAAAAGGAAUCGUCAUGCUUUGGGGUUUCUUUGCUGCUUCGGGGGAAGCGACCUCCCUGAAAUCAACCUCAAGGAUAAUAACCCCCUCCAGUUCCUGGAGUUCUCUGUCCCAAUCCCAUCAGCAGAGGAGCUCAAUGCUAGGUUCUCUGAACUUGUGGAUGAACUGGAUCUCACGGAUAAGAACAGAGAGGCUAUGUUUGCACUCCCUCCAGAGAAGAAGUGGCAGAUUUACUGCAGCAAAAAGAAGGAACAAGAAGACCCUAAUAAGCUUGCUACCAGCUGGCCGGAUUACUAUAUUGACCGCAUCAACUCCAUGGCUGCAAUGCAGACUCUGUACGCUUUUGAUGAAGAAGAAACAGAAAUGAGGAAUAAAAUAGUUGAAGACUUGAAAACAGCUCUGCGGACUCAACCAAUGAGGUUUGUGACCAGGUUUAUUGAGCUGGAUGGCCUGACCUGUUUGUUGAACUUCCUGAAGAGCAUGGACUAUGAGACUUCAGAGAGCCGCAUACACACAUCCGUUAUAGGAUGUAUCAAGGCACUGAUGAACAACUCCCAGGGACGGGCACACGUCCUGGCCCAUCCAGAAAGUAUCAAUAUCAUCUCCCAGAGCUUACGGACUGAGAACAUCAAGACCAAAAUCGCUGUGCUGGAGAUCCUCGGGGCUGUCUGCCUGGUGCCGGAUGGCCAUAAGAAGGUCCUACAGGCCAUGCUUCACUACCAGGUCUAUGCUGCAGAGAGGACAAGAUUCCAGACAUUGCUGAAUGAGCUAGACCGAAGCAUGGGGCGCUAUCGGGAUGAGGUGAAUCUCAAAACGGCCAUCAUGUCCUUUAUCAAUGCUGUUCUGAAUGCUGGCGCAGGCGAGGACAAUUUGGAAUUCCGAUUGCACCUGCGAUAUGAGUUUCUGAUGCUGGGAAUUCAACCUGUUAUUGAUAAGCUAAGAGGACAUGAAAAUGCAACAUUAGACAGGCACUUAGAUUUCUUUGAGAUGGUGAGAAACGAGGACGAUCUGGAACUUGCCAAGCGGUUUGAUGUGAUUCACAUUGAUACAAAAAGCGCCUCUCAGAUGUUCGAGAUGAUCAAGAAGAGAUUGAAGCACACGGACGCUUAUCCCUAUUUGCUAUCAGUCCUUCAGCAUUGCUUGCAGAUGCCUUAUAAGCGGAAUGGGGGACAUUUCCAGCAGUGGCAGCUGUUAGACAGGAUACUACAACAAAUCGUUCUUCAGGAUGAGAAAGGGGAUGAUCCAGAUAUAGCUCCACUGGACAACUUCAAUGUCAAGAACAUCAUUAAGAUGCUGGUGAAUGAGAAUGAAGUGAAACAGUGGAGGGAUCAGGCGGAGAAAUUCAGAAAAGAACACACAGAGCUGAUGAGCAGACUGGAAAAGAAGGAAAGAGAAUGUGAGAUAAAGACCCAAGAGAAAGAUGAAAUGAUGAAAACAUUGAACAAGAUGAAGGACAAGCUGCAGAAAGAAUCCUUGGAACUGCGCCAGACCCGGGACCAAAUGACAGACCUGGUAGCUCAAUUCAAUGAGUUCUCGCAAGGAGGUGGCAUUUCCUUCACACCCACUCCGCCACCCCCUCCUGGGGGCCCAUUAGCUUUGCCCUCCUCUCUGAUGAUGGAGUGUUUGCCCCCGCUGCCACCUCCACUCCCAUUCUGUCCCCCUCCACCUGCUCCGCCACCUCCACCAGGAGGGCCACCUCCCCCACCUGGAGCCCCUCCUUUUUUCAGCAUGGGGAUGAUGCCCCCUCCCACAACCACCUUCAGCAGCAGCGGGACCAGCCUGAGGAAGAAAUCUAUCCCACAGCCUUCCCACCCACUGAAAUCCUUCAACUGGGCCAAACUGAGCGAGGAGAAGAUCCAUGGCACAAUCUGGCAUGAAAUCGAUGACUUAAAGGCUUUCAGGGUGCUGGAUCUGGAGGAUUUUGAAAAAAUGUUCUCUGCUUAUCAAAGACACCAGGACCUGCUAACUAACCCUUCCUCCUGUAAGCAGAAAGAGAUGGGCUCAACUGAGGACCUAUACUUGUCCACACGGAAGGUUAAAGAGCUUUCUGUUAUUGAUGGCCGAAGGGCUCAGAAUUGCGUCAUUCUCCUCUCCAAGUUGAAGCUGUCCAAUGACGAAAUCAAACGGGCGAUCUUGAAGAUGGAUGAACAAGAAGACUUGGCCAAAGAUAUGCUGGAGCAGCUGCUGAAGUUUGUUCCUGAGAAGAGCGAUAUCGACCUGCUGGAGGAACAUAAACACGAAAUUGACCGCAUGGCCCGGGCUGAUCGAUUCCUCUAUGAAAUGAGCAGGAUCGAUCACUACCAGCAGCGGCUGCAGGCGUUAUUCUUUAAGAAGAAGUUCCCAGAGAGGCUGGCAGAAUGCAAGCCUAAAGUGGAAGCCAUUCUUCUGGCCUCCAAAGAGCUCACCCGCAGCAAGCGCUUGAAGCAGCUCUUGGAGGUUGUCCUGGCUUUUGGCAAUUACAUGAACAAGGGCCAAAGGGGAAGUGCGUAUGGCUUCAAAGUCUCCAGCCUGAACAAAAUUGCAGACACUAAAUCCAGCAUAGACAGGAAUAUUACACUGUUGCACUACUUAAUUAUGAUCUUUGAGAAGAACUACACAGAUAUCCUAGACAUGCAGUCUGAGCUGCAGCAUCUUCCGGAAGCAGCAAAAGUCAACCUGAUGGAGCUGGAGAAGGAAGUUAACAACAUAAAGACUGGAUUGAAAGCCGUUGAGGUUGAACUGGACUACCAGAAGAGACGCAUGCGGGAAGCAGGGGACAGGUUUGUGCCUGUCAUGAGUGACUUCAUCACUGUGGCCAGUUUCAGCUUCUCGGAGCUAGACGACCUUCUGAACGAGGCUAGGGACAAGUACGCCAAGGCGCUGAAGCAUUUUGGAGAGAAUGAGGGCAAGAUGCAGCCAGAUGAAUUUUUUGGCAUCUUCGACACCUUCCUGCAGUCGUUCACAGAGGCCAAGCAAGAUCUGGAGAAUAUGAGGAAGAAGAAAGAGGAGGAGGAGCGCAGGGCACGCAUGGAGGCCAUGCUGAAAGAGCAGAGGGAGAAAGAGAGGCGACAAAAGAAAGCAAAGGCCGGCAGCAUCUCCGAGGAGAGUGGGGAGUUCGACGACCUGGUGUCAGCCCUCAGGUCAGGCGAGGUCUUCGACAAAGACUUAUCCAAGCUCAAGCGCAACCGUAAGCGUUCAGGGAACCAAGGCUUGGAGACGAGUCGGGAGCGGGCAGUGACCAAACUAAAUUAUUAACAACACAAGGAAGGAGGGGAUAAAAGAAAUAGAACCAACCCAAAGAAGAUGAUGACAAAGAACAAACCAAGAAAGAUGAAUGUGUGUGACAGCAAUUGGCUGAUGGUUGCCCCCAAGGGCUUACCCAGCCCGUAGCUAGAGACGUUACUUUUUCAUGACCAACUUUCCUCCCCUCCCGCCGCUCCCCCAUGCGUCUAAUGUGGAAUGGCUGUAAAAGUGCCUCUGUGGAGCCAGCAAACUUUGUGACUGAGCCGUUCAGAUCAUUGGUUGAUUUGCUUCUGGGAGUCUUGCCUCCAAGCUCAGCAAAGGCCUAUUGAUGACAACAGGAAGCACUUGGGCCUUGUGGACCACUCAGCAGCUGGGGGAAGAUCGUUCGCUGUGUGCCAAAGUACAAACAAGUAGUGUUCUCCGUCUGUUGAGACUAAGCAAGACCAUCACGUCUCAGGCUGGCUCUGAACACACCUGACGCUUUCUCGAGAUCUGGAGCAGCCUUCGGGAGUUUGCCAUGGAGUUCCUUUCCAGAACUGGAUUUACAAAGAGUCAUUGACUAGAACCUGAAAAAUGCUUUUGAUCUCAUGUACUGUGUAUUUUUAUUUGUGCUUUUUGUGCCCUUUAGUAGCCAAAGCAAAUGACGCUCAGAGGGGAAGGAUGGGGUUUGGAAAUGAGAUGGAGUCCUGGCUCGAAAUCCAAUAAUCAGAAUUGAUAAAACCAUUUACAAAACUUUUUUGAAUUCUUUUUUUUUUUUGUUAAAGCCAUUUUCUGGAACCUGUUGAAGCUUCUAGGGACGUUCUAGAACCUGAAAAGUUGGGAGAGAGUGAAAUACAUGUUCUAGAAUGGGUGCUCUGCGUUGGAGUCUAGAAAAUGAACCCACAGCUGAUCGGGGCCAGAUCCAGAUGCUCUUAGAGCCUACUGCCAUUGCCCAAGGGUAGGAGGGUAAUAGCCACCCAGUGCUGAUAAUUUCAUACCGCUUUUGCAUCAUUUUGUUAGUGCAACCCAAUGGAAAUUGGGAACUGUAUGGGAUCAUCACAAGGUCCUAAAUAAAGACAGUCAAACGGGGUCACUGGCAGUGGAAAUGGGAUAUUUUUUUCCAUUUGGUGCCAGCUACAACUUUAUUGGAACUAGAACUUGCAUCUAGGAAGUUGGCCUUCUCAGCAAACCCCUGCGGGAACCAUAAAACAUCAUAAUAUGUGAAGAUGUCCAAGGACAGCCAUGUUACCCAGGGUCUUUGCCACUUGGAAGGUGUUGCUUGCAAUGAAGGUGCCAUAAACAAGACAGGAAUUAAUCAGGAGGACACAGAUCUGAAUGGGUCGAGGGCUUUGAAAAUUUGUGUUAAUAGGAAUUUUUUUAUUAAAAAAUAAAAAUGUAAAGCACACAGCCAAAAACAAACAAGCCAACAAGAAAGACACUGACUAUUUUGUUGCUAUUUCUGUUCACCUUCAUGACUCUAGCAAUGAGACUAGCUUAUGCAGGUUGUCAUGGUUUCUUUUGUCUUGUCUUCCUUAAGUGAGCUUUUUGGUUAUCUUCCCACGGAGAGAAAAAGGAGGAGAAAGAAAGGAGUGUUCUGGAUGUGAUACUGGAUGAGAAAAAGAGACCCAUCCUCUGCAAAAUAUGCAUUAAAAAAACAAACAGCAGGAAAUCUCGCAGAAUCUGGAGGAAGUCAGAAACAGCUCAGUUUGUCACUUUAAUUACUUGGCUUUAUUUUUCUCCAAAUGUCACUUAAUCUCAGGCUCAGCAUUGAGUCUGCAGGACAAAACUCCGUGCCCCAGGCACACUGCCUGAUCAGUAUUAUAUUCAGACAACAUCGGGGAAACACACUGUGGAGGUUCUCUGAACUCUUGGAAGGUUAAAUAAUUAUGUAAACUAUGGAGAUAAGAAAAAAGUUUAAAACUGUAAUGUUGUUUACUGUAUUUUGAGUCUCCUACCCUAGAAUUUCCCUAUUGACGACAUUCCAGACCACUGCACCUCUGCAGAAUACUCAUGGUGAAGAGCUGGUAUCUUACAAGAGCUGCAUGCAUUCUCCUUCAGUAUUAUUCCCUUCCCCCUCGGGGAUUAGCAGCUAACAGAAAUGUCCAUUGUGGCAGACACAGGCACCUUUUAUGAGAGAGAUUUUGUAUUUUCAAACCGGGUUUUGAAAGCUUAAGAAAAAAAUUUUAAGCAAUUUUUUAAAAACUCCAAAAUAGAUUUUUCAAAAAUGUCUUUUGUAAAUUAUAUUCACAAGCUCCUUGCUCCUCCGUACUAGAUCAGUGCUCUAUUCCAACACUAUUUUUUUAAAGCAUGCCAUAUAACCCAUCCUGUGAGAGCCAUAUGAGAUUGUAAUACAUGCCAAAUUGGUAUACAUUGAGUUUAGGUUUUGGUAGUCUCCAAAUUCCAAGUCUGAGAUUUUUAAGCCCUGGUGUAAGCAGGUGUGACUCCAUGGUUUCACUGGCCCCCAGUCUAAAACUAAUCCAUUUUAUAAGGAAAAUUCAACAGGGGUUGAGAUGUCAAAGAAAACUCUGCUCAGGGGAAGAGCCUUGAAUUUAUGAGCUAGCAUCUCCCCAUCCUGUGCUUAUCACCAGCAGGUUUGCGUUAGGCUUUCUGACACUCUAGUCACCUUGCAAUGCCAUGAAUGUAGCAAAGGCAGAGAGAGGGAGGUUAUGUUACAAAGAAGCCCACUGUCCAUUCAUCAGAAUUGCACAGUCCAGCCCAAGAUUUGCAGAGAUCUCUGUGCAAGAGAGUCAAAGGGAACUGGUGAAAUCUUCCAACUCCCAGACUGGUGCACAAAGCACAUAGGGUAGGGUCAUACCAGGCAGCUGUGGGCCGUACUGUGGAUUUAGAUUAUUGUGACUGAAAAGCCUAUAGGAGUCCAUACACCUUCUAGAUCUACUCCAGCUCCAUUUUCUCAGCAUCAGGUGUUUGAGUCUCUGAUGCUUUUUUGCUUGAGUCUCUGAUGCUGGAUCAAGGCUGCAUUCUCCAUCAUAAGGAGCCUUCAGCGCGUUCCCCUUCUCUGAUCACCUGGCCAUAGCAAAAUGUUCUUGGGAGGAGGAGGCCCCUGGUCAGGGCUUGGAGACACUUGCGUUGAGUCAUGAAGGUUGGCAGCGUUUCCUACCACUGACAGGUGGCAACAGGGAGAAAGACCUGAUAACGUGUUUUCAUGGUAUGCGAAGUAGCUGGUCACAUGGGAAGGGAGGAGCAGCUGGCCCUGCCCUGGAACCCACCUUCAUGCUGGGACCACAUUCCAUCUUGAUUUUAGACCUAGGGUUGCUGUGACCAGUGCAACUCCCUUGUGCCAUUUAAACACAGCUCUCUGGAGAGCCGCUAACUGGCUGAGGAAGGAAAACGGAGGUUGUGCUGCCCUGCCUAGUCUUUGUUCUCAAGUGAAUGAGUUUGUAUUAGCAGAGCCCCACAAUGCACAGGAUACGGGCUGUAAUCGCUGACACAGUGACUGACACGCUGACACAGUGACUGACACGCUGUGAGACCAUAAGAACCCGUAGGAGCUCCAUUCUGGGUUUUUGGUUGGUGGUUGUUUUUUCCCUUGGCUGAGUCUAGGAGCCAGGGUUCCCCAAGAUUUGAAAUAAAAUGUCCAUUUCCCCUGAACAAGAGCAUACGAGUGUUGGAAUUGAAGGGGGAGAAAAAGAACAGUUAAAUGAAGGGGAUGAGUCUGCAGUACUCUCCCAAUUUCCCAUCUUCCCUAGUCCCUGGGAUCUGCUCCCCGAUCUGAGACUUGCCCUGCAAUGUCAUAGGGGCUCUGCUGCUUUUCCACCACCCCCUGUGCUCCUCUGCAUCUUGGCUCAACACAGCCCUGCAGCAUCCCAGGAGCUGUCCCAUCUCCACCUGCUCUGGUCCUAGCUCAGCCCUACCAGUCUACACUAGCACUCCUAUCAUUGCAAGCACCAGUGGAGCUGCACCAAGCUACAGCUGUGGAAGAGUUUCCCUGAAACAGAGUAGGUGCAGCCUCAGUUUUUCCCUUGUGGGAACCUAAUAGCAUGUUUACCUUAAGGGGAUCAGCUGCAAUCACAGAAUCCUGCACAUCUGUGGACCUGCCCUUGAUCUCACAGCUCCCGGACUUGCUGCUAGAACCAAAAUCUUCUCGGCCAUUGCCUUGGUAACCCCCAAGUGCCUCACUGCUGCCCAGGCCUUGCUUCACCCCACUCUGAUACCUCCAUGAUCCUUCUGGGUAGGAACGUUUGUAGCGUGCAGCUAGCCCUUUUGGCUCAUUGUGCAUGGAAGGAAAAUGGGGAACAGCACCGGCGUGGCUACGGACCUUCCUGUCUCCUACCAUUCCAUUCAGCCUCCUACAAGAGCUGCUCACACGCAGCCCCGGGGUAGCAUGUUGGUAGGCGGAAAGCAGCAGCCCACAGGAGGGCAGCUUUAAGUACCGCCUCUUUCUUAGCUUAACCGAGGCACCUCCUGAAGCCUUCCCAGCAGCUCUUUCAGAGUACUUAAACCCUACGCCAGCAAGAAGGAUUCAGCCAUUUUCCCAAAGACCUUCCUGCCAGCCCUAGAGGGAUGCUGACAAUGGGCCCACUAUGCACCAGCAAAUCCCAGGGAAGGAAAGGCAAUGGGAAACAGAUCAGGAAGGCCAGAGCACGUGCAAGGUGAAGAGGAUGAGCUCGCAGGAGAACCUAUCUGGGGUAACUGCCAGUAGAGCUGGGAUUUGGUUAAUUCCAGAGUCACACUGGUGCAAACCUUGGCAGAGGUCUCAGGCAGUGAGAGGUCCCCCCACCAGGGAACCAGGUUACAGUAGCUUCAACUUCUUCUGCAAUGGGGCAGCUGUAAGGGGCCAGCCCAGCCCCAAAAGUGGAUAGGCUGAACGGACAGAGGUGUGUGCCAAUUGAGCACCCUCCUGAGCUCUUCCCACUUUGCACAGCUCCUCUGGAUCCGUGGCAGAGUUUUUAGCCCAACUGAGGGUAACGUUGCCUGUCCCCCCCUUGAGCCAAGUCCCUCCCCUGGAGUCUCUCUGCUACAGAAGAGUGUAUUUUCUAUCUCCUUAAAUCUGGCCCCCAGGGUCCAAGUCCACCCUUAAUUACCCCUGUGCAAGCCCAUUGUUGUUAGAGGGUUGCCCCAGGUGACCACAGAAAAGUUAUUAGCACAAGUGCUUAGUCAAGUCCCUCCCUGGCUGUCUCUGGUCUGGGUCACAGUGCGGAAUCAGUCACAUUUCCAGAGACCAGGACAAAUAACAUCAAAGCAGCUCCACAACAUGGGAGCAGAAAGGCCAGUCCACAUUCUGCAGCUGACUGAAGAUCCAGGCACCAAAUCCACUCCCCCCCCACCCCCGCCCCAGCGGCAGCAGCAGGACUAGUGCUUAGUGGCUAGAGACUUCUGGCUUGGGGGUUCUUCAGAAGCAUUUCUGUAAUGUGCUCGGGGUGUCCGAGAAAGCGAGAGAGGUUGUGAGGGGCCUUGUGGGAAAGAGAUGGGGUGGGCAUUUCUGUGACGGUCAGCCUCUUUGGAGGAAUGUUUCCUCUCUUCAGAUGCGCUUGCACUCUGAGCUGGGUUGUGGAGGGGGAGGUGUGUGUCCGAAGUGUCUUUGAGGGGAAUGGAGACGGGUUGUACAGUUCAUGAUGUACAUGAUGUAUGCAGUUUUGUUUCUGGGUAAUUUUUUUUUUAUUUUGGUUAAAUGUUUUUAAAAAGAAUUAAGGUUUUUAGGAAGCUCUAGGGGGAAGCUGUAAAUCUGACACCUCUAUUUAUUUUGCCUUAUUUUAGUUUGCUAUGUUUGCAUGUAUGCACCGCACUACAGCAAAGACUAUUGAGACUGUGCCAGGGCAUUACACCAGCUAGCCGGUCUGCUGGGCAAUUCUGGGCUGGGCUGCAUGUCAUCAGUUGGGUGGGGGAAGGAAGGAGAAAGGGAGCAUUCCCUGGGGUUUUGUAUCCCCAUUGGCCCAUGCCUCCCUGAAAGCAGUGAGCUGGCCCCAGUGAUGUCAAACCCAGAAGAGCUUUUUCUUUUAGACCGAUUACAGAUCUGUUACUUUCAUGCACAUUGUGAUUUUAUUUUAUCCCAAUCCCAAUCAGUGGGCUAAAAGGUAUUAGCACUCUCCUCAAACUCCGCCCACAAUCCCCAGUUCUGCCCAUCAUCCCAGUGGAGCAGGAUGUUUCUACAAAAGUGCUUAACACAGAACAAUGUUGUCCUUUAAAUUGUCAUCAUUAGGCUUCAGAGUUACCAAGUUGCUGGGACAAACUGAGACAGUCCUCACCACUCCGAGCUAUCACUCCUUUCUGGCUGCAGUCUCUUGGAGACAGCAUAUUUUUUUUUUUACAAUUUGGGAAGAUUUUCUUUACAACUGUAAGGGUAGAUUUUUUGUUUGUUUUUUAAUGUAAGUUUAAAUCCUGCACAUACAUCUCCCAUGGAUUGGCUUCACUCAACUACUGAUCCCAAUGGGCAGCUUGAUUAAUGCUACUUAAUCCUUAUGGGACUUAUGGCAAAAACAAAGCUGUCCAAAUUUUGCUUUACAUAGCACCUGUGAACUCAUAGGGCUGCAUGUGUUUGCCAGCGCAGAACGGGGGCUAUGGGUUCUCUAAUGGUGGUGUCUUUAAGAUACUUCAGAGAGUCAUAAAGCCCUUCACCAUGUUGUUCUCAUUCUUGGAGGAACACUCUAUAGAUCUUUAAGGCAGAUUUUUCUGUUAGCAGUAUAAAUCCAGAUCAGCUCCAGUGUGGUCAGGUCAGUCUGCCCUGGAUUUACACCAGUAUAACUGGGAGCAGCAUCUGACUCCAUUAGUUUGCCCUUGUGUUGCCUACAGCAUGUUCCACAAAUUCCAUACAGUACAUUGUUAGGCGGGCUUAUCACCAGCAGCAAGCCCUCUGUGCCCAGCUAUCAUCCACCCUUCUAACCGCCAUCUGGAAAGGCUUCCUAAAAAAAUGUCACAGUGCUGAAAGGAAACAUCAGAUGUUUCAGAUCAGUGCUUGCUCCUGCUAGGACCUCAUCUCAGCCAGCCUUCUCACUUCUUUGCAUUAGGUUUAGCUUGAAACUUGCUGGCCACUUUUGGAUUCCCCCACAUGCAAAAUUAGAAGGCACAGUGCUGCCCGCAGGAGCUGGGGAGAGGUCCGGUGCUGCUGUAAUGCCUUAGUGUAUCCUCAUUUCUUGGUCAGUUUAAGACUAUAAAUGAAUUAAAUGUAAAAAACCUGUAGUGUCCUUUUUAUCUGCACCUUUUUAUAAGAAUAUACUGUAAUACUUAAAAAAAAUUAAAGAUAUAUUGCCCCCA